GCAGGUGGCGGAAAAAAGCUCGAUCCAAGUUGGGGUCACAGCCGCCAAUGAAUCCAACGAAGAAGGAGAAGAAGUUAAACGUGUAUGCUGAGCUGGCUGAUGUGGAAUCUGUAUUUCGUGAUUUUAGUAGAUAACUCGGGAACAGUAGGAUGGAGAAUGACAUUCUUGUCUCUCUGGAAGAUUUAGGGUACCAAGGCCCUCUGUUGGAAGAAGGAGCUCUGGAAUCUGCUGUGAGCGGAGGAGCAGCUUCACCCGAGUUUACCAAGCUCUGUGCUUGGAUCGUCUCAGAACUCAGACUCUACUGCAAGCUGGAGGAAAAUGUCCAUGCUACCAACUGCCCGAGUGAGGCAGAGGGCUUCCAGCUGGAGAUGAGCGGCCUGCUGUCAGAGCUCACCUGUCCAUACUCUGUCCUCACCAGUGGAGACAUUACCCAGAGGUUCCUGAACAGGACAGACUGCCUGCUGCUUAUAACUUUUCUGGUUUCUGAGUUGGAGGCGUCGAGGAUGAUCCUGGUUAACAAGCCUCAGAAGAAAGCCCAGGAGUCUGGAAGCCCUGCGUUCCAAGAACUGAAGGGCAUCUGCAUGGCACUGGGCAUGUCCAAGCCUCCAGCCAACAUCACCAUGUUCCAGUUCUUCAGUGGCAUAGAGAAGAAGCUGAAAGAAGCCCUUAGUCGAGUUCCACCAAACCAUGUAGGGGAGCCGUUGUUAAAGAAGCCCCUUGGACCUGUGCACAUGGAAAAAAUUGAGGCUAUAAACCAAGCGCUAGUGAAUGAGUAUGAGGUGAGAAGGAAGAUGCUGUUGAAACGUCUUGACGUGACGGUGCAGUCCUUCGGUUGGUCCGAUAGAGCAAAGACACAUGCUGAUAAGUUGAGUAAAGUUUACCCUCCACUGCGUUCAGCUCUUGCCAACAAAAGUAAAGUCUCUGUUGCUCAUCUUCUUGCCGCUCGCCAAGACUUCUCCAAGAUCCUCCGCACAAGCAGCGGCAAGAUAAGAGAGAAGACGGCCUGUGCCAUCAAUAAGGUUCUGAUGGGCCGAGUACCAGACAGGGGAGGUCGGCCGUGUGAGAUUGAGCCUCCGCCUCCAGAGAUGCCCACCUGGCAGAAGCGUCAAGAUGCUCCCCAAAUCGGAGGACACUAUGGCAGCGGUGGGCACGGAGGUGGCAGGGGAGGAUACGAUCACGGCUCUCAAGGUGGCCGUGGGGGCUAUGAGAGGGGAGCCGGGGGAGGAGGACACGGGGAGAGAGGAAGUAGAGGAGGAGGUGGAAGAGGGAGAGGCAGUUACAACCAGGGCUACUAUCAGGAUGCAGGAGGUCAUCACGGGGGAGGAGGAAGAGGAGGUUAUGGAGGAAACCACCAAGGAGGCUUCCAGGAUCCCAACUACCAUGGAGGAGGAGGCGGCGGAUACCAUGACGGCGGUCAUUACCAAGACAGAGGUGGCGGUCGAGGAGGUCGGGGGGGUAGAGGAAGAGGAGGAAGGGGAGGAGGAGGACAAGGAGGGGGCUGGGGAGGAAGAGGGGGGCAGAAUUUUAACCAAGGAGGACAGUUUGAACAGUUCUUCCAGCAUGGUGGGCAGCAUUAUAGCCAGGCUGGCUUUAGUCAAGGCAGACAUUAUACUAGCUGAAGGCAGGGCAGCACAGCAGAGUCCACGUCGACUGCUUCUCGUUCAUGAACUCAUCUAAAAUGCCUUAUCAGCUGAUCUUCAACUAUUACAAUGGUUACAAGCUGACGUUAUAGAAACACAGGUAGUAUUUUUCACCAGACUGUUAUGGUCUCUAUUCAGGGCAGUUCUAAAGUGGCCCUUUGUUUUCAGUUGUUUUCAUAUAGAUCUGCUAUAAGUGGUUAGUCGACAAGUUGGACUCUGCUUAAUUAGCCUUAUUGUGGACAUUUUUUUCGAAAACUAAAGGUCCCUAAAAUUUCAGUGUGUGUGUGCAUUUGCUGUAUCUGAAAUUAGAGGUGCACACUGAUAUUACAGGAUUCUUGAAAUUCUUCAAGUUUUGGUGAAUAUGAGAAUGACUUGAAGGGAAAAAAGCAUCAUUUUCCAGUCUCUUAGUUUUGUUUCAGUUAAUCUGACUAGAGUCCUUUGUUACUUAUUUAAAAAAACAAAAUGAUGCUAUCUUGUACUCCUAAUGGAAGCUUGUGUGCAUACAGGUAUGGAUGUUGAAAGGUUUGCAUGGAUGAGUGAAUGAGAAAUAAAAGCUGAAACGAGUG